ACAUGAAAAAUGCAGUUCAACAAGAAGGUAUGCGUGUGAAUGAUUUAAUUAUACUGUGUCAACAAGUUUUUGCUUAUCAUAGUCAUUUCUCCCUGGAAUUUAAAACUAAAAAGCAGCUACCAACAAAAAGCAGCUACUGAUGCAGGUGUUCCACUUGCUGUUGAGGUGACUGUGGUUCAUUUCAAUAUAUGAAACAACAAAUAUCAUACCACAGCAGACUGGGUAGGGGUAUAGCAGCAUAUGACAAAAAAAGACAUCUUGGCACUUGGCAAGGACAUCUGUUCAUGACUGCAGAGAGUGAUGUCAGGCCAGAUCUAGUGGUGAGUCAUCAAGACACACAAGAUUCUUUAUGCAAAGCAAAGCCAGAUGAAGAUGGUGGACAAGGAUAUUGAAAGAAACCUCAUGUGUGGAGUGUGCUGGGCAUCUUAGUGAACCAAUGCUCAUAACAGCACAUGCCAAACUUGUCGCACAUACUGAUGUUGUCGAUGGUUUUUCUGCAGAGCAUGUCCUGACUGUGGGCUGAUGUACAGAAUGGACUGAUGGAAUUCACAAUUUUAAUGACCACAUUCUCAUCACCCUUCAUUUGUUUAUCAUACUAUGUACAUCACUUCAGGUAUGGGAACAAAAGAUGUUCCACCUUUUUGGAACCUGAUGUUCCAAAUAUGGUAAGAGGCGUUACAUUUCCGUCACACGCUUGCAGUAUUCGACCAAUCACUACGCACUGGUUAACUGGCCAAUCAUAGCACACCUCGCUUUUCACAGCGAUGAGCUUUGUAAAAAAUCUGCACGUUUCCGAGAGGCAGGGGCAAAGAGGAGAUACAAACAUGCACGGAGACAACAAAUGGAACAUUCGCCAUAAAGUGUGGGAUUACAUUGAGAACAAAAAUCUGGCAAAUUUCCCUCGACCUGUACACAACAGAAUUCCCAACUUUAAGGGGGCUCUGGAGGCCUGUAGUGUGGUGUCACACUUGGAGGCCUUUACCAAAACCACUGCGGUCAAGGUGGAUCCUGAUAAACCACUAGAAGGGGUUCGAUUAGCUGCUCUGCAGGCAAGAAAAACAUUGCUUGUUCCAACACCUCGCCUGAAAACGGGAUUGUUUAACAAGAUUGUUCCUCCAAAAGGUGCAACCAAACAAGUAUUGCAUGUUUGUUCAACUUCACAGGGCAUUAAAGAGUUCAGUGUCCCUGUUGGUUUGGAAGACAGUGUUCAGGUGAAUCUUGUCGUGGUUGGAUCUGUUGCUGUAUCUGAAAAUGGUUACAGAAUUGGAAAAGGUGAGGGUUUCGCGGACAUGGAAUAUGCUAUGAUGGCAUGCAUGGGAGCUGUGUGUGACUCCACCGUGAUCGUCACUAUUGUUCAUGAUUGCCAGGUCAUGGACAUUCCAGAGAAACUCAUUGAAGAUCAUGACCUCACAGUUGACUUUAUUCUAACGCCAACGAGAAUCAUCCAAACGGAAUGUAAACGGCCCAAACCUCAGGGCAUCAUUUGGUCAAAGCUGGACACAGAAGUGCUGACGAAAAUACCUAUUUUGAAGAAACUAAGAUUACUGGAGCAGAAAGCAGGAAAAGAUGUGACGUUAAAAACACACCUGCUGGAGAAUAACAACUUGCAAGAGGCCUGUCAAAGUAAAAUACAGCAUGAGCUAAAAUGGGAACCUAAUUUUGAUCCUAAAAGUAAGCAGCCGCAGCAGGGACAUUUGACUUCUGCAGAUGACAAACGUGCUAGAUUUAAGGAUAAGUUUCAUAUAUGUCCCAGCAGCACUAUAUACCUUGGCGACAUUCCCGCAAGGUUGCGUGUGAGUGAGCUGAAAAACCUGCUGAAAGAACAGGAAGCCGUUCCUUUGAGAAUCAACUGGCAGGGGGCGCAGCAUAGAGCCUUCCUGCAUUACGCUGACAGCGCUAGAGUCGAGCAUGCUCUCCAAGCUCUAAAAAACAUCACUGUUCACGGCAACACCCUGCGAGCUGAAUAUGUCAAAAGUCAGAACACCAAAGAAAAUGAGGGAAUUAAGAUUAAAGGCUUCCAGGGUGUAUAAAAUAAUUCAUAAUCUAAUAUUGUUGUAUUAUCUUACCUGAUAACCUUUCUACACAAUAAUGAUGCAUUAUAGCAGUAAAAACAUAUUUUGCAGAAUGACAGUUAAGGCCUGACGAAAAAAAGUGUGUGUUCUGAAUUUAUUUAUUGUCUCUAUGACGUCUGAACAGUGUCUGAAACUUUUUGUAAGCAAAUGAUUUACAUGUGAUUGGUCAUGGCUUCUAUACAAGCCCUGCGUGUCUGUUGGGUACUCCAUGUGUGUUUGUGUUUGAUGUCCUCAAACUUAAAGAAAGCAUCAAUAUAAAUUCAAUUGUAAAUGUCUGUUUGAAAAAAAAAACUUUUAAAGUUUUAGGAAAAGGGUAAGAGCUGGAUUUCACAAGUGAUAAAUGUCAGUAGCUGUACAGUAUAGCCUACACAAACUAUUGUUUACGUGUAUUAAAUUAGAAUGAUUUUGUUUUCUGUCGUUCUUAAGAUAAUUUAUCGUCAUAUUUUUUGCAAUAACUUUGUAAACAAGUAGUAGUUCUUUUUAGCCACACUAGCAUACAACCGUGAACUAAUGGAGGUAGAUCUUUAGUAUCCUAUUUUACAAAUGUCCUGUCAUAAUGUCACGUGUCUUUAAAUAUAAUCAUAUACAAUUCAGCAAUG